AUGGCUGUGAUCCCUGAGUCGGAUGAACCUCUCCUCAAUGGUCUUGCCAAAGAGUUCUCAACAAAUGUCCAGAUGAAAUGCCCUGGCCCUGAUGACAUUUGUUAUGUCUCAUAUCAGAAUGAGCUGCAAAUGCCUGCCAUUAUGGGGCUCAUUCAGAAAGAUCUUUCUGAGCCUUACUCCAUAUAUACCUAUAGAUAUUUCAUUCAUAAUUGGCCCCAUUUGUGCUUUUUGGCAAUGCAUCAGGAACACUGUGUUGGUGCCAUUGUGUGCAAGCUAGAUGUUCAUAAAAAACUUAUCUCCCGUGGAUACAUAGCAAUGCUGACUGUGGAUGAGGCAUACAGGAAACAGAAGAUUGGUACCAGCCUUGUCCUGAAUGCCAUUCAGGCUAUGAUUUCUCAUAAAGCAGAUGAGGUUGUGCUUGAGACAGAAAUCACCAACAAGCCUGCACUUAGGCUUUAUGAAAAUUUGGGUUUUGUACGAGAUAAACGACUUUUUCGGUACUAUCUGAAUGGGGUUGAUGCCUUAAGACUGAAACUCUGGCUCAAAUGA